AUGGUCAAUAACAUUUGUCCAGAUAGUAUCUUCACUCCAAUAGUUUCAGCAGUUUUUCUAUUUGUUUAUUUGUGUUUGGUUACUUUGGCUAUUAUUGGAGUGUUGUGGAAGAGAAACAGUGGACACAUCAAGGCUCGUAAUCCACUUCAUAUGAUUUUGACCAUCUCGGCAACUUUGUACUUUGUCGUAACAACUUGUUUGCGAUUUAUUAUAGGAAGAAAGAUAUUCCCCUGCUUUUUAUACACUAUUUCAUACUUUAUCACAGUGCCUGCAAUGUGUCUUCCAGCAGUAUUCCGAUUCAUUCGUAUCUUUUUCAUGUACAAGUUGAAUAUAAGAAAAGCAAUGACUUUUGAAUCAUCAAAACAUUCAGCUUCAUCAUCUGCACUCAACAAUAAUUCUUCCCUCUCAUUGGUGGUAUCUCACAUCACAACAGCAAGAGAUUCACAGAGUCACCAACAAGACAAUAGUCCAUCGACGUCUAGGGAAGCUCUCACAUCAAGUAGAGUGGUCAAUUUUGAAUUAAUUCCCACCACUUUAACAGAACAUCAAGAUGUAGUUGAACCUUUUAGUGUGGAAAAAUUCACCUUUCCAGAAAUUACUACUACUACCAAUAAUAAUGGUGUUGUUAUUCCACACAUUCCCGAUACCCCAUUGACUGACAACAAUACAUCAAGUCAUGUUUCAUCAGAACAACGAAAAAGUGAGGUAGAUUCAGACACUGAAGAUGAUUCCCGUUCAUGGGUUACCUCAACUGAUGUGGACUAUACAGAAUCAGUUUAUAAUGAUAGGAAAUUUAAGGUUUAUUCCUUCUUGGUGAGUUACAAACUCAUUGCUUCAUCGUAUAUUGUUGCCUUCAUUUUGCAUCUUAUUAUUUGGGCAAUAUUUGGAGGAGCCGAUGAACUUGUUGUUAGUAAUGGAGGAAAAAGAGUAUUCUUGUGGAAUAUCAGCAUGUUUGCAGCAACUACAGGCUGUGUUACUAACACUAACACUGUCUUUAUGUUGGCAGCAGAGGCAGCCAUCUACAUUAUUAUCGAGAUUGCAUUCUUUAUUCCAUUAUUCUUUGCUGAUAGAGAUGCUUUUCAUAUCAAAAGAGAUACCUUUGUAUUAAUUGUGAUUCAAAUCAUAACAGCUAUUGCAUUCUUAGUUAGUGGUCAAAUUGAGGUGAUUAGAUUUUUGACAGAUUAUUUCGUUCCGUUUGGAUUUACUCUACUGACCUAUUCAGUAUUUGAAAUAUUUAUUGCUGUAUUGUUACCUGUAAUUUAUGCAAUUAUUGAUGACAGAAAGUUUCAAAAACAAUUAAAUACCGAGAAUGGAGGAUAUUCCCAAACUGAAAUUGAGACGGUUCUCAAAAAUAGAAAAACAUUUGCCUUACUUUUAGAAUUUUCCAGAAGAUGCUACUGCCCUGAAGAUGUUCUUGCCUUCAGAGACAUUGAAAAGUUUAGAAAGAUUUCCAAAAAGCACAAGAAGAAGGUUGCCACGAAAAUAUUGAAAACCUAUCUUAAAAGUGGAUCUUCUCUCGAGCUCAACAUGUCAAACCUUUCCAAAAAGUAUGAAGAAAUUGAAUCAAUUCUCCAAAAAGCAACAAACCCUUCUCUGAUUCCCAAUACCUUGUUUGAUGAUAUUAGAGUUCUCUGUCUAAAUAACAUGGUUGAUGUAUUUGAAAGAUUGAAAGCCACAGACAAGAACAUACAAGAAAUGGUUAUUAACUUUCGUAGAAACAGUUUAAACCUUUUGUGUCUGCCAACUGUAUUUCGAUGUUUGAGGAUUUAUUUCAUGUAUUUACUCAAUAAGAAGAAGGCACAAAUGUUUCAGACGAAAAGUGAAAAACCACAACAAUUGACCAAUGUGAAAAAGGAACAAAAUGUGGAUCAACAAGUUCAAGAGGAUGACAAAUUGAAAGGUAUUACCAUUCUUCCAUUAGCAUCUAUACAACAUGGAUCUUCUACGGAAUUAUCAGAGACAAGUCAACCAGAAUUAUUGACACCAAAAACAUUUGAUAACUCGAGUACCAUUUCAAAUAUAUCACAAGAAAAUCCAAACGAUGCAUCACAAACUUCAGAACAGAUUACAACAACACGGGUUACUCCAGAAACUGGAGAAGAUGUCCAUGAUGAACAAGAUCAAAAAACGUGGGUCACUUCUUCUGACAUUGACAACACUUCUGCAAUUUUCUCUGACAAAAAGUUCAAAAUAUUUUCAUAUUUGGUGAGCUACAAGUUUAUUGCAAUCACUUAUACAAUUUCAUUCAUUAUUCACUUAUCUAUUUGGGCUUUAUUGGGAGGAAUUGAUGAACUUUCGUAUAGUAAUAGUGGAAAGAGAAUAUUCUUGUGGAAUGUGAGUCCAUUUGCAUUUAAUAGUGGAUGUGUUACAACCUCAAAUACUGUUAUAUUGCUGGGAGCAGAAGCAGCACUCUACAUUGUGAUAGAAGUGAGCUUUUUGAUCAUUCUCUUCUUUGUUGAUAGAGAUACUUGGUCAAUUAAGACUGAAGCUUUUGUUUUGGUAUUUAUUCAAGUGGCUUUAUCACUUGCUUAUAUAAUUAGUGGACAAAUUGAGAUUAUCAGAUUCUUGACAGAUUAUUUCGUUCCAUUUGGAUUUACUCUACUGACCUAUUCAUUAUUGGAAAUAAUUAUUUCAGUCAUUCUUCCUGUCAUUUAUGCCAUUCGUAAUGAUAAUCAUCAAGCUGAGUAUGCUCAAUCAGAACUUGAAUUAUUUUUGAAAAAUAGGAAGACAUUUGCAUUGUUAUUGGAUUUUGCGACAAGGAGUUAUUGUAAUGAAGAUGUUUUAGCAUAUAGAGAUAUUGAAAAUUUCAGAAAAUCCCCCAAACGAAAGAAUAAGAAACUGGUGGCAAUGAAAAUAUUGAAAACCUACCUGAAAGAAGGAUCUCCAUUAGAAUUGAAUAUUGCCAACAUUGACCAAAUUUAUCUGAGAAUUGAACAUGAAAUUCUGAGUGUGAAUGAUGAUUCACUCAUAGCCAGUACAUUAUUUGACAUUGUUCGAGUUGCAUGUCUCAAUAACAUGACCGAUCUAUUCGAAAGAUUGAAAUCUAGUAACAAAUCAGUGAGGAUCAUUGUUGAAAAUUGGAGAAAGGCCAACAAAAUCUUACAAGAUUAA